AUGGAGUCUGUUUCUACCCAAGUCUCUCAACCUCUUUUGAAUUCUAAACAAAAACCACUUUCCUAUCAAAGUGUGGGGGACAAUGAGGUUGAUGAGAAAUGUUUAUCCCAGUGGGAUAUGAUAAAGUUGACACUUUGUAUGGCCGGCUUACAAUUCGCAU